AUGCAUGCUCUCACCAACACCGGCGCCGUGCUGCUCGCCGUCUUACUCUUCUUCCUUCUCAUCUUCGUCGCCGAGCUCUGCUACAUCUUUUGUCGUCCCACGCCGUCUCCGGCAAGUAAAGCGGUUCUACUCGAAUUCUUCAUGUGUUGCAAGAAGAAGAAGAAGAAGAACCAUUCUCGUAUUGAGCCAUCCGGAAUUGUUUCUGUACAGAUGGAGGAAAAUACAGUUGCGGUGGCGGUAGUGGAGGCCGCUGUGGAGGAGGAGGAAGAGGAUGUAGCGGCGGUGGACAAGUGGCGAGUGUCGAGGCUUUUGUUUACAAUCGAAGAAGAGGAUUCGGAAAUGGAAGAAGAUGAUGAUGAUGCGGAUGACGGCGGUGAUCUUCGAAUUGAUAUCCCGGUGGAAUAUUCCGGCGAGCCGACUCCGUUCUUGACGCCGUGUGAUUCUCCUCCCUACUUCACUCCUUCACCAUCUCCUGGUCGGGAUACGGAUGGCGUCAUUGAUGUGUAUGACGUCGUCAGCAGCAGCGGGAGCUGUUGUUUUAAUUUCCAAAGCUCUCAGAUAUGUUAA